AUGGCGCCGUGUCUAAGAGGAAUAGCCUCGAGGGCAAUAAAGCCGCGUCAUAUUAUUUCAACCCCUUUAUACCGAACCCGACUUAUCCCCAGAGUGUUACCAUCGCGGUCACUUCUCUCAUCGCCGAAGAUACAAUCACCCGGUCACAGCACAAUCAACCAGCAACGCAGCUUCUCUUCGACCACCCAACCAUGCGCAAAUUUAGAUACGGCGACGGACACUCUUCCUAUCUGCUGUCCCGGAUGCGGUGCCUAUGCGCAAACAAUCGAACCCGACGAACUGGGCUACUAUAGCGAGGGUAGACGGCGGAAGUUUGCUGCCAAGGAGCAGCAAGCACCCAAGGAGGGAGACGAAGAUGCGGAGAUUACCGAGGAAUUGAAGACUGAGGGGGAAGCUGCCGCAGAAAGAAUUGAGAAGGUGCUUCGGGAUGCAGAAGAAAAAGGAUACAACAAACCUGCGCCUAGACAUGGAGCCAUGAUUGAGGAAGCAGCUAGUACAGCCAGUCGAUACCUCGAAGCGUCUGCCUCUCGCGCGCCGGUUUGUGACAGAUGCCACGACUUAGUGCACCAUAAUAAAGCGGUAUCCGCACCCUCGCCUACGAUCGACUCCGUCCGCGAAUUCCUAGACGAAUCGCCGUACAAGCAUAAUCGUGUCUAUCAUAUUCUCGACGCGGCGGAUUUUCCCAUGUCCGUCAUUCCCAAUAUUUACGAAGCCCUUUCGCUCCAGGAACAGCGCGCGCGGAACCGAAGAGCCACGGACAACAAGUACCGAGGAAACAGAAAGUUGCCUACGAUAUCGUUCAUUAUAACACGCUCCGAUCUCUUGGGCGCGACGAAAGAACAGGUGGAUACGAAGAUGGAAUACAUGCGCUCUGUGCUACGUCAGGCAUUGGGGAAAGAAGCGGAAGAUGUGCGGCUAGGGAAUGUGCAUAUGAUUAGUGCUCAUCGGGGCUGGUGGACUAGGAAGGUCAAGGAUGAGAUUCAGGACCACGGCCAGGGGAUUUGGGUGGUUGGCAAAGCCAAUGUCGGGAAGAGUAGUUUCAUUGAAGCUUGUUUCCCCAAGGACUCAAGGAAUCUCGAGAAGAUUACAGAGCUGGUUGAACGCCGUCGUCAGGAAGGGUUGGGCGUUGCGGAUCAGAGCCAAGCUCAAGCUCCCGUUCUUGGUCCUGACAGUCUUUUGCCACCUGCUCCUCGGGAGGAUCUCUAUCCUGUCCUCCCGGUGGUGUCAUCGCUCCCUGGGACUACCGUUUCGCCCAUCCGUAUUCCGUUUGGUCGCGGCAAGGGUGAGAUGAUUGAUCUGCCCGGACUCGACCGUGGCCAGCUAGAAGACUACGUACGCGACGAGCACAAGCGCGACCUGAUCAUGUCCAAGCGACCGAAGCCGGAACGCCUUUCGAUCAAAGGAGGUCAAUCUCUCCUUCUCGGCGGCGGACUCAUCAGAAUCACACCGGUAAAUCCAGACGACGUGUUAAUGGCCGCCUGCUUCGUCCCUCUGGAUACCCACAUCACGAAGACCGACAAGGCAAUCGAAAUGCAAGCCGAAACACGGCCAUACCCCGGCAAAGUCAUCGCCAAGGAAGGACUCAGCCAAGUGAUCAAAUCCGCCGGAACCUUCGACCUAAAACACGACGUGACAAAAUCCCACCUGCCAACCUCAAUUGCCAAAGCCGUGAAAGACAACAAAGCUUCACCGCCUCCCUUACCGUACAAAGUGAUGUCGACCGAUCUUUUGAUCGAGGGCUGCGGAUGGGUCGAGCUCACGGUGCAGGUUCGGGCCAAGUCGAUGUCGGCGGACGCGGGGUCACCAAGGUCCUUGCCCCAGGUCGACGUGUUCAGCCCGAACGGUCAACACAUUGGAUCGCGGAUGCCGAUUGAGUGUUGGGAAUUCAUCGCUCAAAAGAAGGCGUCUGACAAGCGCAAGCGAGGGCCUCGGGGUCGGCAGAAUAUCGGUCUGCAGAGGCGGGCUCGGUAG